AGCGUCGCGACGACGUCACGACGCCGCACCGAAAAUAGACGUCCAGCUAUUUCUGUGGUUCGCAGCAUUCUCGAAAUGUGAACGGGACCCAACUAUACACAUACGAAAAUAACGACGCGACUACGCGCUCCGAAUUUGCGAAAAAAAAUAGAAAAAAAAUUGCAAAAAGGGAAUUUUUGUGAAAGGUUUUUUUAUUUUUUAAAUAGUGCCAUCUCCUUUAACGCAGUUAUCGCUGAAGGAAUAAAGUGAGAAGUUUUGAGUAGUUGUCUAGAAUAGGAUAGAUUGUAGACAAUAAAAUCUCCACCACAUAUCCCAUCCAAACGAAAUGCCAGCCUCAGGAGAAAUAGCCAAAGGAUCAAACCCCUCGGGGAGGACCACGUUCAGGCCUCCCUGGGUCAAAGAAGGCUCUGAAGCCAAAGACCCCCUUAACCCUUUCAACCUGAAAAGUGUACCCAGAAAACCAGAAAAAAAAGAAGAAAGCCCUUCGUCGGACUCGUCUGGAGACGGAGUUAGCAACCCUAUAGCGAAAUUAAGGAAGGUCGCCAAAAAGGAAAGUUCUCCAAAAGAAGAUGACGUGGAUGACAUUGCUAUUCCAGAAAAAGAUAAUCCUUUAGAGGGCGUACAGCUAAGAAAAGUGAAAAAGAAAGAACCCUAUGAGAGAGAAAGUUUCAGAAAAGAAAAAGAGAAUAACCCAUUAGCUAAUGUAAAAUUAAGAAAAACCUCCGUCCAAACUAAAGAGCCCCAACAAAAUGGCGAAGAAAAGGAAAGUUUCUUCGUUAAACCGCAACUCAAACCAGUGCCCCAAAGGGAAAAGACCCCACCGAAGAAGGAUCAUAAAAUCCAUGACUUACCCAGCUUGAAAAAGGUCGAAGAAAGAAAGCUGCCAGAAAGGAAACCCUCGCUCUUAAGGAAGGAUAGUACAAUUGAAGAAAUGGAAAUUGAUAGGGUUAAUGGGAAAGUUUCGAAGGAAUUGCCGGCAAAAAGAAACUCUUUGGUAAGAGGAGAGUCUAUGAGAAGGCUUUCGCAAACGCCUGCGCCACCACCGAUGCCUCCACCACCCCCGGGCAUGCCAGGGGAAACCCUCACGAAACCAUUGACUGCUAAACAACAGAAGAAAAUCGAGCAACUCAAAUCGAGACCUAAGGUACGCCCAGAUUGGUCAGCAACACUCAAAGAAAUCGAGGGAGGCAAGAAGCUCCGUCACGUAGAAUGCAACGAUCGGUCACAACCUUUACUUCCAGAAGCAAAAGCUCAGGAGCAUUUCCUAUAUGCCAGCGAAAAACCCAAUGUUCACAACGAGCUGCUAAAACAGAUUGAAUCAGGCAUAAAACUGAAAAAGGUCCAGACCAAUGACAGGAGUAAACCGAUCCUGGAAGGCCUAAGGAAGUUCCGGAGACAAAUGACCAUAGAGGAGCAAGUUCAGAAAUCCAUUUCGAUGGCGAGUAUGCCACCGGUAAGCGACGAAAUAGCGCCAGAGGAGGUGGACGAGCUGGAUGACAUCGAUAAGGUACGUGAUGAUCUUCAAAGCACUAAGCAAAUGCUAGCGCUAGAACUGAGGAACAAAGAGGCCCAAGAGAUGGAGAACAAGAGGCUAUUAGCUAGGUUAGCGAAUUUGGAAGCUGAACUGGAAAAGGCGAAGAGCGGCGGUGGGGGUGGCAAAGCUAAUAAUGCAGCAGAUGAAAAGGUUAUCCAGUCUCUUAAAAAAGAAGCAGAACAGUCAAGAAAGAAUUCAGAACAAAUAGAAAAAAAGUAUACAGAAGCUGUGAAGCAACUGGACACCACCAAGCUGCAACUUGAGGAAUCUAAAAGGAAAAAUAUGGAGUUGGAGAAGAAACUUAUUGAUGCCCUGGGAGCCUAUGAUAUGCCAAGGCCAAGGCCAAAUGCUAAUGCUAAUAUAUCAAACUGGUCGAAUACCAAUGCUAAUCUGCCAUACUAUGCCAACGGCAAGAGAGUCUCUUUAAGCACUUCCAGACAGAAUAGUGUGGCAAAUGGUGAUGAAGAUGAGGAUCUUGAUGAUGAAGAGACUGAGGAGGAGAGUGAUGGAGAAGACACGCCAGAAAAAAAAGAGAAGAGGUUGCAGAAAGAGGUAAAACAAUUAGGAAACAAACUAAGAAACUUCAAAAAUAAAGAGGACAAUGCCAAAAAAGAACGAAUCGCACUGAAAGAGAUCAUUAAGAAGAAUCAAGCAGCCAUCAAAGAAGAAAAGAAAAAGUACAACAAAAUAAAAAAAGAGGUUGAUAAAAUGGCAUCCCUCCUUAAAGAUGUUGCUGAUGAGGAUGAGGAGGAUGAGGAAGAAAAGGAAGAUACAGAAGAAGAAGAGGUGGAGGAAGAAGAGAGCAGUGAUGAAGAAACUGAAUCAGAAAGUGAAAGUGAUGAUAGUGAUUCUGAAAAGAGUCUGAGCGAACCUGAAGAUGCCCCACUAGAAAAAAAGAAAGUGAACUUGGCUAGCAGGUCUAAGAGGCAUGAGGCCAGGCUUGGUGCUUUAAAGAAAGGAAACUUCUUGUUGAAGACUAAUGCUGAAAGGUUACAAGAUGAUCUAAAUAAACAGAAAGAAAUGACUGCAGAGCUGCAGGAGGAUCUGGAUUCGGUGUUAUCAGAGUUAGGCUAAAUCUUUAUUUAAGCUUCUAGUUAAUAAUUUUAUUAAGUUGAGGGUUUGUCUUUAUAUCUAGUCGGACUUGUAAUAAAGUAAUACUAUUGUAUUACUGUACAAAUAUUUAAAAUGUAUAAAUAAAUAUGUACUUUCAUAUUUUAAAUGGAAAUCUACUUGAUGCACAUUAUGAAUGUGAAUUAUAAAUUAUACAGCAAAAAAUAUACAAUUAUGUCAUUUUUAGGAAGCCUAUUAAUAAUUGUAGGAUAUAAACUGUUACACUACCUUUUUUUAUAACUGAUACAUACAUUUUGUGCCGCUGUACUGUGAAAUAAUAAAGUGUGAUACUUUGUGAA